CUUCAACUCUGGUCCUUCGAUUGCCUUAUUUAAGAGUGGGAUACAGAGGCCAACGACUUCCUUAUCAAGCUACAAAACGCAUCUUUUAUCGUUAAACAGUAAUUGACAGUGGUUUGUAUAGGUUUACAUGGGUUUCGCUGAAAGGGAUUUUGUUAAAGAAAAUUUUAACGGUAUCCAGUGACUUUUCAACAGACAUGCUUGUCAAAGUGUUUGUGGUUUUAUUUAUAUGUAUAGUAAUAAGUAGGAGCUGUGAAAUAGGACAAACGAAACAAGGAUGUUUAAUAAGAAAUCUAAUGUGUUCUUGUGGCAUUGGUUGUAUUUCAGAUUAUAGAUACGACACAAUACAGGAAUGCCAGAAUGCCUUGAAAGGCAAAAAACGUGAUAUUUGUAAAAACCCCCACAACCCGUGUAUGCAUAACGGUACAUGCAUCCAAAUAUCUCAACAACCUGGAUACAAGUGCAGGUGCGAGGGAACAGGAUUUUUUGGAAAUCGAUGUAGCAGAGUAUGUCCAAUUCCAGGCCAGGGAAGAAUAGGAACAAUCUACCCGUACGAGUGUAUAAUAAUAUGAAGUCCACUUACAUUCCACUUACUUACCAAAUAGGAAAAAAAUCUCAAAUUUGUACAAAUAAAACAAUAUUUUAAUAGUUCACUUAUAUAUUU